AUGCACGCGCCGACUCCGCACCGAGCCGCGCUGCUGGCGCUGCUGCUGGUGCGCGCCGCCGCGCAGGACUUGCUCAUCGGCGUGGUGGAGCAGCCGGGACGCGCGCUGCAGCUGGCGGCCGCAGUGGACGCGGCGCUGCAGGCGGCGGGCGCGGCGGCCGUGGCGCCGCUGGAGCCCGCCGAGCCGCUGGCGCCGCCGGCCGCGGUCUGCGCGCAGGCGGCGGGCGGCGCGGCCGCGGCGCUGGCGGGCGGGGACACGCGCGCCACGCGGCUGGCGGCGGCGGGCGCGGCGCGCGCGGCGCUGCCGCUGCUGCUGGUGGAGCACGCGCCCGUGGACGCGGCGUGGGAGGCGCUGCAGCUGUACCCGCACCCGGAGGUGCUGGCGCAGGCCUGCGCGGAGCUGUUCCAGGCGAAGGGCUGGCGGCGCGCGGUGCUGCUGCACGCGGAGGACGCGCGCGGCGCGGCGCUGCUGGCGGCGGGCGCGCGCCCCCCCACGCUGCUGGCGAGGCAGCUGCCGCCCAGCCACGAGGAUGCACUGCUCAGGAACUUGUUGCUGGUGCUGAAGAAGUCGGGCUUCACGAACUUCGUGGUGUGGUGCGAGGCGGAGUGCGCGGUGCGCGUGCUGGACGCGGCGCAGCGCGUGGGGCUGCUGGCCGAGCGGCACUCGUACAUCGUGCUGGCGCUCGACCUGCACACGCAGGACCUGCACGACUACAGCCACGGCGGCGCCAACGUCACGGCGCUGCGGCUGUUCGACCCCGAGGCCGCCGAGGUGGUGGAGGUCAUGGCGCAGUGGCGCGACAUGUACCUGGAGCGGCUGCGCGCGGCGGGCGGCGCCGAGCUGGCGGAGCGAGCCGACGAGCUGGCGGACGUCGAUCGCGUCAUGGCGGCGCCGCCCACGGCCCUGCUACUGGCGCACCUGGCGACGGGGCUGGCGGCCGAGGCCUGGCACCGCCUGCAGCUGCCCGCCGCCGCGCCCGCCGACUGCGAAGCGGGCGCGGGCGCCUUCCACGCAGACACAUUGCUGAACUAUCUCCGUUCGGAGGAGUGGAACAGCGAGGACGGCGCCGGGCGGCUGGUGGGCGGCGCCGUGUCGUGGGAGGUGGACGGCGGGCGGCGCGACGUGCAGCUGCAGGUGGUGGAGCUGGCGCGCGGCGGCCGCCUGCAGCGCGCCGGGCUCUGGGCGCCGCGCGCCGGCCUCGCCUGGUCGCGCCGCGCCGCGCCCGCCGCCUUGCCGCCGCCCGACUCCAUGACCAACCGCACCUUCACGGUGCUUAUCGCUGAGAACAAGCCGUACGUGAUGCACCAGGAGUCGACGCACCGGCUGUCGGGGAACGAUCGCUACGAGGGGUUCUGCAUCGAGCUGAUCGACAAGCUGGCGAAGCUGCUGCAAUUCAACUACACGUUCGUGGAGCAGGAUGACGGUGACUACGGCACCAGAGACAACGUCACCGGCAAGUGGUCGGGCAUGCUCGGCCGGCUCAUCGAGGAUGAGAACAUCGACUUCGCCAUCACGGACCUGACCAUCACGGCAGAGCGCGAGCGCGCGGUGGACUUCACCACUCCUUUCAUGAACCUCGGGAUCAGCAUCCUGUUCCGCACGCCGAAGCAGCCCGAGCCCGCGAUCUUCGCGUUCCUUCUGCCUUUCUCCAAUGGUGUUUGGCUGUGUCUGGGCUUCGCGUACCUGGGCACAUCGCUCAUACUGUACGUAGUGGGGCGCUUGUGCCACGAGGAGUGGCAGAACCCCUACCCUUGCAUCGAGGACCCGCCGGCGCUCGAGAACCAGUUCACUCUGGCUAACGCGCUGUGGUUCAACCUGGGUGCUGUGCUACUACAGGGUUCGGAGAUUGCACCCGUGGCCUACAGUACACGCGCCGUGGCCAGCGUCUGGUGGCUGUUCGCGCUGGUCAUCACCAGCUCGUACACGGCCAACCUGGCGACGCUGUUGGCGACGAAGUCCUCGGACCAAGUUAUCAACAACGUACAAGAACUAGCAGACAACCAGCUCGGCAUCGAUUACGGUGCCAAAUACGGAGGCUCCACGUACACAUUUUUCGAGCACUCGCAGAGCGAGCUGUACCAGCGGAUGUUCGAACACAUGCGCACCAGGAAGAUGCCCGGCUCCAACCUGGAAGGCAUUCGCAAGGUCGAGAGCGGCAAGUACGCGUUCCUCAUGGAGUCCACGACCAUCGACUACGAGACCGAGCGCAACUGUGGCGUCACGAAGGUGGGCUCGCUGCUUGACAGCAAAGGAUACGGCAUCGCAAUGAAAAAGAAUUCCAAGUUCCGGCAAGCAUUAAACCUGGGCCUGCUGAACCUUCAGGAAGCAGGCACUCUUCGUGAAAUGCAGAAAAUUUGGUGGAAGGAGAAACAUGGUGGUGGCGCUUGUAAGGUGGACGAGGAGCACGAGAGCGAGGAGUUGUCCAUGAGCAACUUUCUGGGGCUUUGGCUGGUGCUGGUGGUGGGCAGCGCGCUCGGCAUCGUGCUGUCGUGCUGCGACCUGGCUUGGGCCGCCGCGCGGCGUGCGCGCCAGGAUGGCCAGCGCUUCCACAAACACUUUUGGGCUGAGCUACGCUUCGUCUUUCGUUUCGAGCAGUCUGUCAAACCCUUGCAGGGCCCGUUGAGUGGAUCAUCGAGCGAGUCAGUGCAGUCGGAGCGGUCAGCGCAGUCGGCGCAGUCGUUGCAAUGUGAGGCGGAGGCGGAGGCGGAGGCGGAAGCCGACGCGGAGCGCGCGCGGUCGGGUUCGGGCGCGGGGCCGGGCGCGGAGCAGGGCGCGGGGCCGGGCGCGGAGCAGGGCGCGGGGCCGGGCGCGCCGCGCCGCCGCCGCUCGUCCAUACACGCCGCCAGCUUGCGUCUGGCGCGCCACACCACGAGGGACUCCGCCACUCCCGCGCGCCGCUACUGA